CAAAAGUACGUCGCAUAUGGUUCACAUGGUAGAGUCAAGACUUUCUUAGCUGCGUUCAAAUUGACGUAUAUAGUUGCUAGUUAACUGUGUUGAAGAAACCAUGCCGUUCCGCAAAACGUACCAGAUUAACAAUCGGGAGCAGGGCAAGGCCGCUCAACGAGAUCAGUCGUACAGAAGCUGUCUCAUCGCCUUGCUUAUCUUCUUCUUCAUGUGCCUCAUCCUCAUUUUCGCCUGUAUACCCUGGAAGACGAAGAAUCAGAGAGACUACAAGGAUCAACAUAUGGAACACGAAUCGCAGCAUCAUCAUCAAGAACACACCAAGGAAACAACAAUCACGACUGUUCCGUCAACAACUCAAAGAACUCCAACGGCAAUAAGGACAGUUCUAUCAAGAACUCUGAAACCCUUCAAAAGGAUAACUCCAAUAAUUACAUCUACACAAGAUACCAAUGUCAUUACUGAAGACUAUUCGAGGAAGAAUGUUAAAGGAUCUCGUCAUUUCGAGCGUUACUUCGAAAAGACGAGUGCUGAUAAAGUAACAUCGCCUGCCCCUAUAACUCAAGAAGAUAUUGAGACUUAUACCACGAAGGAAAUCCUAAAAAAUAUAGAAACCACGGAAGAAAGCAUCGACUUGUCUACAUUACCGCAUGACGUUGUAACUGAUGAUGUUAUCGAUAAUGUUGCAGCUUCGACAUCGAAUGGACCGAUCGUCAGCACCGCAACCUGGAAAUACGUUACGAUUGUUGACGUUAUGACUUCGGAAUCCACUAAGGAAUCUGUAAACGAUUCUACUGAUGAAUAUUACAGCUCGGAUAAAUCAGAAGUUGACAUUGUGACUAAUAAUGUUAUAACUUCAACCUCGUCAAACGAUCUCGAAGAGAGCGCUUCCGAGAAUUCCACUAAAAAGUAUGAGAGAUUAAGGAUCAGUGUUGAUGAUGCAUUUUCAACAACGCCGAUAACUGAAGAAAACACAGCUAAUUCCUCCGAUAAAAAUUAUUCCGAGGAUUCGCAAUUCGCGGUAACAACGAAUAAUAUUAUUAUUUCAACGUCGCUGGAUCCUGAAGAAGAUAGAGAUGCUGAAAAUUCUACAACAAAGCAUUUAAAUUAUAAGGAACCUGCAGUCAUGGGGUAUAAUACGACGUUAAUUAAUGAGAUCGUAACGAGAGAGAGCACUCCUUCCACUGUAAAUUAUACUCCACUCAUUGAUGAAAAGUUUUCAACAACUAAGAAAGGCGAAGCUGAAAAUGCACUGAGCGAAAAGAGUUAUGUCACUGAGAAAUACAGCGCAUCUUCCACAUCCAGUUAUACGAACACAACUGCUACUUUUGUUUUUUACAACCACACAGCCAACACAGCCGUUCCAAUAAGUUACAAUGAGACGUAUCUUACUACUAUGGCAGGGAUCGCAUUUGCUGACGAGAAUACGAGCGUUUGCGACACAGGACACUGCAAGCAGAUCGCCAGCAGGAUGUUGUCCUACAUGAAUCAUUCGGCAGAUCCUUGCGACGAUUUCUACGAGUACGCUUGCGGCGGUUUCGAGGCAAAUCCACUGUUGACAGACGAAGAUCUAGUUCGGAGAUCUAGAAAUUACCAACGAAUCGCCGAUCAGAUGUUAAAAGAGAAGCGUGAGAACGUGCGCUCGACUUUCGCAACGUACUACGACAGCUGCGUGCAAUACGAAAGAAAUACAAACUUCAGUGAAAGAGCAAGAAUGGCUAACGAUGCAUUAAGAAAAGUAGGAGAGUUCUAUAUACCUAUCACGUGGUCUAAAAAUCAUAUAGACUUCACCAAUUUAUUUGCCCAACUAAUGUUACGUCAUAGCGCUCUUUUAUUUGACGUCGUGCCGGAGUUGAACGAUUAUCGUCCAAACAGUUUCACAUUGAGGAUAGGUCCUACAACAUAUGAGAGUCCUUUCAAAGCGGAGUAUGCGGAAGAUCCGUGCUCCGAGGAAAAGUUCGAGAUGAAAGGACAAUAUGUGGAUCUCGAAAUUUUGUACAAUAAUUAUAAAAGAUGCAAGAAUAAUACGAGCGAAUUUAUGAGUUCCAUCAGGAAAGCGUUAACAGAACUUAACGUUUUUAAGGGCGCAAAUGACAGCUUCUUAGAACGGAGUGAACAAUCGGAGUACAUAGAAAAAACCGUUCACGUGAUUGAUUCUGUUAUAAUGCAAGAGUAUUUUUCGAACUUUCCGUCCAAGAGUGAAAGACAGGAAGCGUACUUGAUGAACGAAUACAGCAGUGUCAGUUUAGAGGAGUUGCAGAGCAACAGUACCUUCAUAAAUUGGAUGCAAUUAAUUAACUCGUUAACAAGAUUAUUUAUAAUAAGUAGUGAGAAUGUUCAAGUUUAUUUCCACACCGCGUUGACUAAAGGUUUACGUAGAUUAGAAGAAUACUCUAAAGAGGAUCCUAUGGGUUUUAACAACGCGAUAAUGGGAUUGUACGCGCACAGACUUUAUCACGAGUUGGUCUUGCCAAAGCGCGGUAAUGCGAAGGAUCAUUGCCUGCAUGCAGCUACGUAUCUUUUAAAACUAGAAGCGUCCAGUUUAUACAUAUCAUCUUUUGCCGACCACGAGAUAAUACAAAUGAAUGAAAUAACAGAAAAGAUGUUCUACGAGUUGAAACAAACGUUGUCGAUGAAAAUGCAAGAAGUGCUAUGGGCGAAAGAGCAAGGACGAGAAGAAUUGUUAAAAAAGAUCAACAGCCUGAAGCUCGUGCUACCAGUUGUUUCCUAUUUCAAGAACAGAGAUUCAUUAUAUAGCGAAUAUAAUGUGUCAGAGAUAACUCUGUACGAUAAUUACUUCGACAAUUCGAUGAUUCUGCUGAAGAGAUACAGAACUCUCAUGUAUACCGAACUGAAAAGACAAGUUGGCGAUCCAAAACAAAUCUGGACGUAUCAUGCUACGCCAUUUCAGUCGAAGGCCCAAGUUAUCUACCCUCUAAACCUCAUCGUGAUUCCUUACGGUAUCAUCGACUGGUCCUUAAUAAACGACGAAUUACCCUUCGACUAUCUUCUGCUGGCAACGCUUGGGAAUUUAAUAGCUCAUCAAAUCGCCCAUCAUUUUGACACGAAUGGUAUACACUAUUGGAACCAAACUAGGAAUACUCAAGAUUCUCUGAUGUUCGAGAACGAAUUCACAAACACUAAUUUCGACGAUUACAUCAACUGUCAAAAGGAGAAUCUGUAUCAAGGAUCUAUGACCAUGACGUUACCCUUCAUCGGCCAAACCGUGUCCUUUACGAUCCCGCGGUUGACCUUGAACGAGCGGUUGUCUGAAAUUAUGGGACUCAGACUAGCCUAUGAUACUUUGGCUCUCACGAAGUCAGAUGCGAAGAGACUACCAUGGAUACAACUCCGCAUUGACCAAUUAUUCUACCUCGCCUACGCUCAGACGCAUUGCACGAAGCUGCCACUCACAUCGUCGUACGUCUCGUUGUACGAGAGCGAGGAUCUGCCGAGCCGAAUCCGCGUGUUCGUCUCCGCAUCGAACAGCAAGCUCCUCGCCGAAGCAUGGAACUGCCCACUCGGCUCGCAGAUCGCGCCGAACGACGUUUGCAGCGUGUUCCCGUACAUAGAGACCAAAGAGACUAUGCUGAUCCCGGCGUGAGGACCGUUCGCGGGAAAUGGGACUGAGCAGGCACCCGCGGACGUAGCCAAGUGAGCCAGUCGACUAUGGUUACUCACGAAGCGGACUAAUUGACGGGCACAGAAACAAAACUUGGCUCGAGCCACCCUGCGAGAUUCGCGUAUCAAUAUCUUUAAUAUGCAAUUUCGAAAUCGAAUUAGAAAUACCAAGCGUCGACUUCACGAUUUCAUCCGCGACUGAUGCGUAAAACUAUUUCUAGUUCUAGUCUAAAAAAAAAGAUAAAGAAGUUUUAGAACAUACGUUUUGCUUCUGUAUCCUCAAUAUAUCAAGAGAUUCUCAUUUACAUACAAUAAAAACGUGUGUCUUAGGUUUAAAAACAAUGUUUCGAUGAACACGUUGCCGCAAGCGCAUCGUUUGCGAGGUAACAUUAUAACUAACGUUAAGAAAGAACGAGGAAGUAAGCGAACAAUGUAAUCACUGAAUGAAUACGAAUCAAUAAAUGGCCGUACAUA